GUUGCCCAUGCUUCAGCAUCUCCACAUCACUUCAGUGACACGAAGGACGGAGCACGUGUCCAGCUGAGAGCCGCACAGAUUAUCCAGAGAGAAUAAGAAAAAGGAAACACUGAUACAAUGAGAGCUGUGUGUGUUUGGUUAUCUGUGGUGCUCUGGAUGUGGGGACACAGUGGCUGUGCGGGACACAGACUCAACGACUCCUCACUUCUGGAAGAGGGGAUAUUUUCUUACACGCAGCAUUUACUUAACGUUUCAGGGAAGUCCUAUAACCGGACUUCUGGAUUUUUCCUCCUGGACUUUGAUGAGGGGAUGCUGGAAGAUUGGCGCUCUCUGGCCAGUAAGCGCCGCGGCGGGGAGUCGCAGGAUGGGAGCGUCAAGGCGCUGCUUGUGGCAGCUUACUCAUUGAUCAUCGUGAUCUCCCUGUUCGGGAACACCCUGGUGUGCCAUGUGGUGGUGAAAAACAAGCGCACCCAGUCCGCCACCAGCUUGUUUAUUAUGAACCUCGCCGUGGCUGAUAUCUUCAUCACAGUCCUCAAUACGCCCUUCACCCUGGUCCGAUUCGUGAACAGCACCUGGGUGUUUGGGAGGACAAUGUGUCACAUCAGUCGCUUUGUACAGUACUGCUCCCUGCACGUCUCUACGCUCACACUCACUGCCAUCGCACUGGACCGACGACAGGUGAUUUUACAUCCUUUGAGACCUCGCAUGUCCCCUACACAAGGUGGUGUUUGGGUCGCUAUCAUCUGGAUAAUGGCCAGCUGCUUCUCUCUCCCACAUGCAAUCUACCAAAAACUCCUGACUUUUACAUACGGUAAGGAAAAGGAGCGCAGCCUGUGUGUCCCAGACUUCCCAGAGCCUUCAGAUGUUUACUGGCAGUAUAUUGACCUUCUGACCUUCAUAUUGCUUUACAUGUUGCCACUCCUCAUCAUCACUGCCUCCUACACCACAGUGGCCUGCCGGCUGUGGCACCACAACGCCAUCGGUGACACCACAACAGCUCAGCACACCGCCCAGCGAAGAAAGCGCCGGCGGACGUUGGCCAUGUUGCUCCUGGUGGUUGGGGUGUUUGCUGUCUGCUGGUUCCCACUCAACUGCUACGUGGUGCUGCUGUCCAGCCAGGCCAUCCACUCCUCUAACGCCCUUUACUUCUGCUUUCACUGGCUGGCUAUGACCUCCACCUGCUACAACCCUUUCAUCUAUUGCUGUCUGAAUCCCAUCUUCCGCCAGGAACUUAGGCUUCUCUUCGACAUGUGCAGGAGGAAACGGAGGGCGGUGGUCGGGUUGGAGCCAGAGCUCCACCCUGCAGCUGCCUGUGCUCCUUGUCACAGGACUGCCUGGCCGGACAACCAUGAGUCCUCGAAGCCAAGGCAUGCUUUCUCCCACCCGGACCACGCCUCCUCACAGCAGAGUCAUGCCUCUUCCAGUCAGUCCCACAACCUAAAAGAUACACAUGUGCUCUUCACCGCCAGGCAGGCCCUCACAGGAAGAACCGACAUCCUCUCAGUGGAGCCCAUCGUGGCUGUGAGCUGACGAGGAACAGCUGCCUCAAUGUGAUGGGGUUUUUGAGUAUUUGUGAUUCUUAAUUCCAUUUUAGGAUUUCAUCAUGUUCCAAAGAGGACAGGAAAUCUGAACAUCUCAGAGAUGUAUGGCUAGGCCUAUACAGGAUUUUAAUAAUAGCAGAGAUGGUUUUUGUGACGGCUUUAAAUUGAAGAAACUAUAAUCAUGAUUACAAAAUGAUUUCCCUGUGGUUAUCCCUAAGGAUAUCUCUUUUUUUGGUGCAUUGUUUGUCAAGAACUGAGGCCUCAGUCCUUAAAAAAAUUGACAAAACAAUCUCACCACAGGGUCCAUUUAGCAGCUGUUCUGGAGCUUUCGAAUGUAUUGCAAGUUUACCCAGUUGUUCAUGUUCAAAUUUCCUCCAUGUUGGUUUGACAGUCGAGAUGAGUUCAUUUUUGAUCUUGGAAAAAGCAGUUGACAAAACAAUCUAACCACAGGGGCCAUUUAGUAGAUGUUCUGGAGCUUUUGAUCAAUUUUUAAAAAUGGUCUUAAUACUGUUGCAGCAUUGAUUUUGUGAUAUACAAAACAGCGUGCUAAUAUAAUGGUCCCAUUGCAAAGGAUGCAUUGUGAUGCAAACUGGGCUCAUUAACUGAAGUUUCUUCAAAUUAUAUUCUUAUGAGAAAAAAAAACAUUGGGCUAUACAACAGAAUCUGAUGUACAUUUUUUGUCCAAAAAAUCUUGCGAAAUAUCAAGUACUGACAUUGAUUUUGUGAUGUAACUGUUUGGUCUAUCUGUGUCUUUUCUUUCAGCAGCCUUAACAGGCCUGCAUGACUGGCGAAGCAGCAACACAUUUCAUUCAUCCACCAAAAUCUCCCUGAAACUGUGAAAAAAAAAGUAUCACUCAAUUGUGACAGGAUCUGCUCAUAAAGGGUUUGCCUUCACGGCUUUAGUUUCUGCCUACAAGGAGAGAAUCUCAGAUGCUAUAUGAACAUGUUGAGAAUGAAAUCAUGUUCACAUUGAUCCACAGACCACUUCCAACCCGUCCUGCUGCUUAUACUUUUUUCUGUUUAUCUGUGAUUCACAUAUAGCCAGAGAGUUUACAGACUAUUCACAGGGAAAAAAAUACACCAACAAGAUAGUACAGCAGUGUAGGUGACUUAUCUUCCUCAUCUCACAGUUCACCGUAUUACUCUGUACCAUAGACUGUAUAGUCUCUUAGUUGCUUUAAAAGCCCCUUUACACUGUGUGAUUUUGGGCUGUCUGAGACAAAAGUUGACAAUCGUGAGAGAAACAUGAAUAAAAUGCAUAAAAUCCAGAGCGGUGGUCUUAGAUCGCACCGUGAGACAUGUCCAUGUGAGCUUUGGACAGCCUGCAGCAAAAUUCUGACAGUGCCAGAAAUUUAGGACCAAAUUCUCGCAGUGUGAUGCAGAAUAAUCUGGCCAGCGUAACAUUUUGUAAGCACCAUUUUUGAAUAAAGUUUAGGAAAACUACACACACACAAAACAAAACGAUGAAAGCAAAACAAAGAAAAUAGUUUGUGGAACUCUGGCAAAGAAUAAAACCAUGUGGAACCGUUGCAAAGCUUGUUUAUUGUUUUGCUGCAUUUUCAAAACAUAAGAGCGAUGCAGAUGGACGACGCACAAUCUGACAUGGCUCAAAUUGAUUUCGUACAGUCUGACACAGAUUGUGACCAAGAUUUUAUUAAACCCAUCUCACAUGAUCGUUGUUGUUGCACAGUCUAAAGGUGCCUUUAGUCAAUCAGAUGAUGUGCAGUUUAAUAAAUAAAGUAUCUUAGUUUCGAAGCUGUGUUAUGCUUUCAGAACAAGCUAAUAUUGUCACUUUGUCUAUUGUCUAUGAAAAUUUUAGGCAUUUGAAAAAGUAUUCGGGUCUGUAUCUGGUAUCUGGGUUGACAAUUUCAACAGCACAUGCAAAUCAAAUAUGACCACUUUAAUUUCGGUUCACUCUGUUAAAAGCUUGCAGGUGCAUUACUGUGUGCAUUUUGAGUUUGAACAUCAGAGCGAGCUCAGUUCAUUUAACAUCACUUGAGUGGAGUUCGUGGUAACACUUUAUUUGAAGGUGGCUUCAUAUGACUGACAGUUCGGUCAGGACCGGGGCGAGCAAACAGAUGUAUAAAGAGAACUGAGCAAAACGGCAGAGCAAAACAGCUAGCAGAGUGCUAUUUGAUUCCGCAUAUUUACGUGUUUCCUGUAAAAACAGGAAGCUAGGGAGGGACUUAUAGUGGAUAUAACGGACUUCAGCUCUAUUUAGCCAAUAGAGCUGAAUGUGCGCCCCCCCUGCCAUGCAGCUUGCAUCAGCGUCUAGCUUCCAAUGAACAGUACCGAAGUGGUUUUCUAGCCUGGUUUGCCUCCUGGGAUCCCGGGGCUGAGUCAGCUAGUUAAUAGCACGGCUGGCUGCAAGGGACUAACCGCGCUAAUUAACUUACAGCAGCUAACAGUUAGAAUUAGCAGUAGUUAGCAGUUAUAUUAAUAAUAAUAAUGGAUUACAUUUAUAUAAUGUUAGCUUUUUAUCUUGUUACUCACUGUGCUUCACAGUGAAGGGGGGAAACUCUAAUGUGGUUAGGUUAGCUAACGUUACUUUAGCAACAAGUAAAGCUAUCUGUCCAUCAGGAAACUCCAUAAAUCACCUUGGUACUGUACACUGUCUUCAAACUGCCCUCAUAACAUUACUGACAUCUUUAUGACAAAUCCAAAUGGUUACUCUUUACUUGAGUUUAAAGGAAUUAUUCUUGACAAUUAUAAUGAUCUCAUGACAGUCAUCAAAACCAAGCACAUAUGACAGUAUAAUGUAAUAUUAAAACAUAAAACUUAAAAGUUUAAGUUUGAUAAUUAGGCCUGCUAUGGCUUGUUUAUGACA